AUGAAUCGAUGGUCCGGUUACCUGCUGGGAUGGAUGACCUUCCUCUACAUCUGGGAGACAAGUGGAGGUCAGAAGGAUUCAUGCGUGUUUCCCUUCGUCUACAAGGGGUCUACUUACUUCUCUUGUAUCAAAACCAACAGCCUGUCCCCUUGGUGUUCAACAAAAGCCGUUUACGAUGGGCAGUGGAAGUACUGUAUGGAGGAGGAUUACCCACGAUGCAUCUUCCCCUUCAUCUAUCGAGGAAGGUACCAUAACAACUGCAUCACGGAGGGUGGCUUCUUCAGGAAGCUGUGGUGUUCCGUCACCUCCAGUUUUGAUGAGAAGCAGCAGUGGAAAUACUGUGAAACAAAUGAGUAUGGGGGAAAUUCUUUCAGCAAGCCCUGUGUCUUCCCCUCCGUCUACAGAAAUAGCAUGAUCUUUGAAUGCAUUGAGAGUGAAAGCAACAGACUGUGGUGCCCGACCACGGAGAACAUGGAUGAGGACGGGAAGUGGAGCCUCUGUGCCGACACUAGAAUUUCUUCACUGGUUCCUGGCUUUCCCUGCCACUUCCCAUUCAACUACAAAAACAAGAAUUAUUUUAACUGUACCAGCAAAGGAUCGAAGCACAACCUUACGUGGUGUGCAACCUCUUACAACUAUGACCAGGACCACACCUGGGUGUACUGCUGA